AUGGACACUGGAACUGCUCCGAAUACAUCAGAGGCUGAGGGCCCUAUAGACAAUUCCGCCCCUCUCGCUCAGAUCGAGGCCUCGGAGACCAUCAACUUCAAAGGCGGGAAAGACAAUGCAACCAUCCGCACACUCGUGAGCGUGAAGAAAUGCCCGCAUGGAUUCCGAUCGCGUUUAGGAUAUCAUGCCAAUCUCUAUAUCACGCUUGCGGAUGGUGUGGAAAGGGAAAUCGGAUAUAUAACAGCCUGGCGCAUUUCCAGACGAUCCGGAGUCAAUCCGAAUAUCGAUCCACAAUAUGUACUGGCUGACUGGUACUUCGAAUCUCUCGGGACGUAUGAUGAAGACUCCAAACAGUUGGCCUACUGCAUCAGAUCCCUUUAUGGAAAGGGCGAAAUUCCACACAGGAUUUCCGAACGGAUUGUGAAUAGGGAGAAGAGGAACGAGAUACAAGACGGAGGGAAUGAACUCGUGUUUAUCGAGACGAUAUACAUUAAAUGGCGGGAAGACCGAAAGGAUGCGCGAACCGAGUACAGGGGAUACGGCCUCGCCGCAAUAUACUUGGAGACCUACUACAGGCUACUGGGUGGCAAAGUAUUACCUGCUUGGUUCUCUCUGCGUGGACCAGUGACAUAUUUAUUGUUGCCCCGCAUGCACCACGACUGGCUAUCACCAGUAAACCAAUACUGGCGUUACCGGUGGGCACAGGACAAGUGUGCCAGACAACUAUUUGAAGAGGAAGUUGAGACAUAUUUGAAGGGACUGUUCCGAAGUGACUAUUACGGAUAUGAGUAUUACAUCCAAAACGCUAAGAUUGUUGACACUUACAUAGACGUAUUGGGUCGCGCCGUCGCGCCGGAAGACUCAAUAUCGGAACCCUGCGACCGUCUACUUCUACCAGCAGCUGAUUAG